AUGUUUGAAGCAUUGGUAGAGAGCGUGGCGCUGUUUGGAGCAGAGGUAUGGGGUUGGAACAUUGAAGAAAGGCUAGAUAGGAUAAAAAGAGGGUACGUGAAAUGGAUCUUAGGUUUGGAUAGGACAAUACCAAACUACAUACUGACAGAAGAGUGUAAACUAGAAGAAAUCAAGGAAAAAGCAUUAAAAAGAGCAACAAGAGAGAGAAACUGGGGAAAUGGCCAGGAAGACAAAAGAGCAAGAAAGAGAAAGAAGAAACUAGAAGAGGUGAAAAGUGGAGGGACACAGAGGGAAGCAGGAGAGGAGCAAGAAAGUUGGACAGGAGAUCAAAUUGUAGAGGAAAGAAGGAAAAGAGAAAUAGAAGAGAGGAGGAAAAGGAUAAGGGAAUUCAGAUAUAACAUAUACUACAGAAACAUAAAUAUAGAUGAGAUGCCAAAGUACUUGGAAGGGAAGAUGAAGUGGAAGGACAGGAAAAUUAUAGCCAGAUUCAGGUAUGGAAGCGAGACCAAAGCGAAGGAACACUGGAAAGAGGAGGAAGAAAAAAGGUGCAGAUUAUGUGGAAGGGAAGAAGAGGACCUGAGACAUGUAAUAGAAGAAUGUGAAAUAACGGGAGGACUAAAAGACAUGGAAAAAACACUGAAUGAGAAUGGAGAAGGACUAACAGAAUUAAAAGCAAUAAUAGAGAAGAGA